AUGAAAUUUCCCUUUACCGUGCUACGAUCGAACAGCUCAUCCCACAUGGUCCGUUUUGUGAUUUUGGUGCUCUGUAUCGGAUGGCAUUUAGCAACAGUUGAGGCGUUCGAUGUAUUACUAGGAUACAACAAGAGUGAAUAUUGGAAAAUUCCUCAACUGCAGGUGUACGAUAGUAUUGAGCAGUGUCUCCACAACAAACCGACGGGUGUGUUCUGUAUCGCAAAGGUGGUAAUCAAACCGGACAGCCGCUCGGAAAUAUGGAGAUUAAUUAAAAAAUACUCCAAAUUUACGUUCCAGUACAAUCACGAUGUGCUUACGCGUGGCGUGUGUCUUGAACGGUGUGCCGGUGUGGUGGAGCAGUUGGGCUCGUCAGCAGAUAGGUAUUAUGAGCCAAAGUUUAACGUAUCGAAACGGUACGCAAUUUCGGAUUGGUUGCUUCCAAACGUUACCCAGUACCGGCAAUCCUAUGGCCAUUUGAUCAAUGUGUGCCAAAACUACGAUCUUCGAACACGCUACAACCUCACUGGAUAUUCCGAAAUAGAAGAAUGUACCACCAAUGCAACCCGACAGCGUCCUAUGGACAUUCUAGACAUUUGCUACCUAACACUACUUGUAAUCCUGCUACUGCUAGCGAUCGGUUCACAGUGCUACGAUAGUUGGCUUGCACGAAGAUCGCCCGAUGAAAACCAUUACGGAAAAACGCUCAAAAGUCGUGUGGCAACUUUGGCGACUGCUUUUUCCAUGCGUCGAAAUUGGACGCGGUUAACGUACAAAGCGGCGCGUAGCCAGUAUCAGCAGGAUUUGGAUUUUCUCGAUCUGAUACGGGUGCUGACGAUGAGCUUCAUACUGCUGCUGCAUGUGUUUAUUGGAAUGGCCAUGUUCACUGCUCAGAAUCCACUGGCAAUGGAGCAGUUUUCAGCACAUCCACUGUCGCAGAUGCUAUUCUCGAUUGCACCGUUCCAGGUGGACAUGUUCUUUUGCAUCAGUGGACUACUGCUCACCGUACAAUUUCUCGAACACACCGAAAACAAACGCUUCCGUAUCAGUAUCAUUUGGCAGGGAUUGAUUAAUCGUUAUCUAAGAUCGCUACCAGUGUACGCAGUGCUGAUGCUAUUCACAGUAUCUCGCUACGAUACCUUCCAGACAACACCGUCCGCCUACAAAAUUAUGCCCAAAGUACGGCUAAUCUGUCGGCAGAAGUGGUGGAUCAAUUUCCUGUACAUCAACAACUACUACCAGCCGGAGGAACAGUGUCUCAUACACACCUGGUAUUUGGCCGCAGACUUUCAACUGUUCGUCAUCGGAUUGGUGGUGUUGACUGUACUGUGGCGGUUUCCGAAAGCUACCUUCUGGACGGCAGUCUCACUAGGUGUGGUAGGUUUCUUGUUGCCUAUGAUCAAUACGUACCUGCACGCCAUGGAUGCAAUGAUGCCACUGACCAUGAAAGGGAAUGAAUAUCAACUGUGGUACGACGAGUACUUCGUAAAGUCAUAUCAAGCAACAGAAACGCACUGUUGUAGCUACUUUUGCGGCAUGAUUGCAGGGUUACUCUACUAUAAGAUCACUCGCAAAGAGCUGCCACUUCCGAUCGCGACGAUAAAGAAUGUGUUUACUUUGGCGUACAUUUCCAUCAUCGGCUUUGCUCUGCAGGCCCCGCUCUACAAUAUGAUGCGGUUCAGCAAACCGUCCGUCUGGAUGGCAAUCCUGUCCGGCGUUCACAAGCUAUCGAUCGGUUCGUUCUACUCAAUGGCAUUCCUGUUGCUUACCUUCCACGAUAGAAACUCGUCCCUCCGUCGCUGGUUUAGUGGGAACGCACUUAGCCGCGCAAUGGCACGACUCGGGUUCGGUUUCUAUCUUGUGCAGAUGACGGUUCUGAAGGUGGUGUUCGGUAACUAUCCGGAAGAUACACGCAUCAACGUUCAACUGAUCGUAUCAACAUUUUGCUCAACAUUUAUCUUGUCAUACGGUAUCGCACUGUUUGCGUUCAUCUUCAUCGAAAAACCUUUCGAUGUACUGUUCAAGCUACUACUGAGCAAUGGGAAUAAACGCAAAACCGAACCGAACUCAGCAACGGUUCAAUCGAAUGGCAACAUUUCGGUGAUAUCCUCGGUAAUGGGACCCGGUGCAAUGGUGAAACAGAACGAAAAAGUUAUAAAACAUGGAUCUUCCGUAGAACACGGCCCAAAUUAG